CACCCAUGAUAACCGAAUGCCAGCGCAUCGGCAAACCCAUUCUCCUCAGCAUGGGCGGCCCCUCGAGCACAUCAAACUUCACCUCCGCCACCCAAGCCACAGAAUUUGCAUCAACCCUCUGGUCCCUCUUCGGAGCAGAUCUCACCAACACAACCACCCUCCCCAUCCGUCCCUUCGGCCCCGAUGUCAUUCUCGACGGUUUCGACAUAGAUUCCGAAAACGAAAUGCCCGACCACUACGCAACCUUCGCCUCAGCCCUCCGAGAGAAAUUCUCUGAAAAUCCCACCCCCUCCACAAAACAAUUCUACCUCUCCGGUUCCCCCCACUGUCCCCUCCCCGACAAAAGCCUUCCGUUAGACGCCAUGUUGCAAUUCGACUGGGUAUGGCCCAGAUUCUACAAUGCCAUGCAAUGCAACUUAAACAGCGAAGCUUUUUUAGAUUCGCUCUCCGCGUGGUCGAAGCAGCUGGGCACAAACGGACCACGUCUCUUCCCCGGCAUCGCCGUGUCAAACUUGAGUGCUAGUGGGAAUGUGCCUGGCUCGGAGCUGGAGGGUUAUAUUGCGAAAAUCAAUCUUACGGAUGUCGGGAAUUUUGGGGGGUUGAUGCUUUGGGAUGGGAGUUUUGCUUUGGCGCGGGAUGAGGAGGGGGAGGAUUUUUUGGGGUAUGCGAAGAGGGCGCUUGUCAAUUUGGUGAGUGGUUGGAGUGAGGGUUUGGGGAUUUUUUGAAUGAGAAGGGGGGAAGAUUGGUUUGUCUUGAUCUACUGGGAAAUGAGAUUGCUUGUAGCGGAUCAGGUAGCUAGUCUGUCGAUACUAGUAAUAUAUCAAUUUACCCCU